AUGAGUAAUGAUGAACUGAUUUUGUUAAAUUACUGGCCAAGCUUGUUUGGAGCCAGGGUUAGAAUUGCACUGGAGGAGAAGGGACUCAAAUACGAGUACAGAGAAGAGGAUUUGCCAAACAAAUCUCCUCUGCUGCUCGAAAUGAACCCGGUUUACAAGAAAAUUCCGGUUUUGAUUCACAACGGGAAACCAAUUUGUGAAUCGAAUAUUAUAGCUCAAUACAUUGAUGAGGUUUGGAAUGAUAGAGCUCCACUUCUGCCCUCUGAUCCUUAUGAAAAAGCUCAAGCUAGGUUUUGGGCUAGUUACAGUGACAAGAUACGCGAUGUUGGGUGGAAGAUUACAUAUCGCAAGAACAAUGAAGAGGCAGUGGAAAGCAAGAACGAAUUGCUCGAAAUGUUGAAGGCGUUGGAAGGAGCAUUGGGAGAUGAGCCUUAUUUUGGAGGGGAAAACUUUGGAUAUGUUGAUAUUUCUCUUAUUGGAUGCUACAUGAUGUUUUAUACCUAUGAAACCUAUGCCAAUUUCAGCAUAGAGGCUGAGUGCCCUAAGCUAAUUGCAUGGGUUAAGAGGUGCUUGGAGAGGAAGAGUGUUUCCAAGUCUCUUGGUGAUCCCAAAAUUGUCUAUGAAAUAGCAGUUGAGUGGGGAAAGAGACUUGGUUUAGGUUUAUCUACUAGUCUCUCUGCAUGUACUGUUCUUUCAAGUCUUGAAUCAGAAGACUUUUGGAGGGGGCGUGUGAAAAUCAACAAGAGAGAUGGAGAUCACUAA